UUGGCCGACCGUAGACCGCCGUAGACGUACGACGCGCGUUUUCCAAGCAGCAACCAUGGGCAAUAUGGCGCUGCGCAUAGAAUCAACGCGCGGUUGGAAUGUCGGUUACACUGCACACGGACCUAGGUGACAUAAAGAUCGAGCUGUUCUGUGAAACAUGUCCGAAGGCAGCCGAGAAUUUCUUGGCACUUUGUGCUUCCGACUACUACAACGGUUGCCUCUUCCACCGCAACAUCAAGGGCUUUAUGGUGCAGACAGGUGACCCUACAGGUACAGGAAAAGGAGGCGAAAGUAUCUGGGGUACCAAGUUUCCUGAUGAGAUUCGGGAUGAGCUGAAGCACAGUGUACGAGGAGUUGUCUCCAUGGCAAACAAUGGGCCCAAUACGAAUGGGUCGCAGUUUUUCAUCACGUACGCCAAGCAGCCGCACCUGGACCUCAAGUACACCAUCUUUGGAAAGGUCAUUGACGGCAUGGACACGCUCGAAGAGCUUGAAAAGGUGCCUGUGAAUCCAAAGAACUACCGGCCUCUUCGUGAUAUCAAACUGAAUUCUAUCACUAUUCAUGCUAAUCCUUUUGCACCAUAAGUAUUUAGUGCCUUUCAUUAAAUGAAACUGUCACUGA